AUGGCGGUCACGCCGUCAGAAAGGAGCAGCAAGAUCGGUAUGGCUGUGCUGGCUCUGGUGGCAUCCUGUGCUGUGUGGACCUUCGUGCUCUACAUCCCCUACGCGUUUUACAUGGCGUCCUUCUCUUACGCAAAUGGUGAUGAGCCAGGUGAGUUUUCGGAAGGCCUCUUUAUUUGUCUUGUCGUCGGCUCGCAGCUUGGGCUAUUCGUUGUAAGCUCGAUGGGUGCCAAACACGCCGCGUUCCAAAGCGAGGACGAGACGCAGAAGGCCUACACGAUGUUUUACAACGCAGCAUUGAUCUUGAACCUCAUCAUGGACAUCGCGCUCCAGACCUAUCUAAGUUAUCUUCAAAUGGUCGGAGUCGGGGCCCACACGUCGGAUGGGCGCCUGCUAGGAAGCCUAGACAGCCUGCAGGAGAUUUUUGAGUCUUAUCCGGUCCAGAAGUCGGUGGGCAAUCUCCUCUUCGUGUACUGUUGGCCCUGUACAUUCUUUGUCCCUUUCCUGGCAGAGCCCUUCGCAGUACAGUGGCUGCCACGGCACAUUGGGCAGUACAUUGUAGGGGCAAAGAAGAAGAUCCAGGGGGAGAAUGCUGAAAAGGCCUUGGAGCUGGGGGAGAUGGAACAAGGUCGUUACGCAGAUUGCAUUUUCAACGUGAUCCUGCUCGCUUGCAUUCCUUUCAUUGCACCAGCCUAUCUUGCCAUGACGCUGGCCGCGCUGAUAUUCUCCCAUGCAUACCUUUAUAUCUACGACCAGGUAAAGGUGUUGCGUUACGUCCGUAAGUUCAACUUCAGUGACCCCGAGGCACAUUGGCUGGGCAUGCAGUUGUUUGCCAUUCCUUGCAGCAUUUUGGCCAGCGCACUGGUUUUCAAGGCAAACCAGAUGUCCAGCGGUUCCGAUGUCCUGGGUUCUGGCUACCUGCAGGGUACUUCGCUGCUGGUGGCUGUGGUCGGGGCAGCUGUGCUUCACUUCCUAGUGCACCUCGCAGUCUUGGAACUGGUGGUGAAACCGAUGGGCGAGGAAAACGACUUGAAGUCAUCAACGCUCUACGCGGAGGCUGCUCGCGAGUGCCCAGCUACGUACUUCUCUACCAAUCCUGUUUACUGCCGCUGGUCAGCAUUAAACUUGUGCUCGCCCUGUCGGGAAUGA